AUGACGUAUCUGGUGGCAUUUAUAAUUCUAACUAGAUUUCUACUAGUACAAGGUAUUUUAGAAUGGAAAGUUAUUAAAACAAUAACAGAUUAUGGACAAAAUGUGACAUUAUUUUGCAAUGUGUCAAACUGCUGUCCACAAUUUGCAGGAUGGAAUAAGUACACUCCAAACGAAACGAUAAUAUUGAUAGAUGUUAAAACAUGGACACCUUCUAAAAAAUAUGAUGGAAAGGUUUUAAAGGAUGGAUACACAUUAGUUAUACAAAAUCUGACAAAUGAAGAUUUGAAUGUGUCAUAUGCUUGUGUGUAUGGCUCCAUAUUUGGCGACCAACGAACUCUGUUGGAAGAGAAUGUUUUUAAUUACGGUGAUGUGGUUAAAAAGAUAACAAGAACUUCACUAGCAAAAUUACAAUAUGAGAUAUCAGAAAACAUAAGUACUACUCAACAAAAUAGUCCAGUUGAUGACACAACCUUUUCUGCUGGAAAAAUUGCUGGUAUCAUACUUGGAGUUUCUGCAUUAGUAUUAUUUGGUAUUGUCAUUGUUUGUUUUUGGAAACGUAGGAAAAAAAGACCCAAAAACUUCAGAAUCAGCAUAAAAGAUUCAGAUGAAGAGGUGCCAUUAAUAACUCCUUUUCUGGAAGAACCUAAUGAUAUUCACUGCAUAGAAGGUGAAGAUGCAAUUUUAACAUGCAAACUUCGGCAGAACAUUCCAACACUUAAAUGGUUGAAAAAUGGCAAAGAAAUAACUCAAAUUGAAAGGUGUAUAAUGUCAACGGUCGAUACACAACACACACUUACAAUACAGAACACCACAGAAAGUGACAGUGGAGACUAUUAUGUGCAAGUUGGAAAAUUUUCCAAAAAAAUACAACUCAAUAUUACAGAUCCUUUUCUGGAAGAACCCAUUGAUAUUAAAUGCAUAGAAGGUGAAGAUGCAAUUUUAACAUGCAAACUUCGGCCGAACAUGCCAACACUUAAAUGGUUGAGAAAUGGCAAAGAAAUAUCUCAGAUUGAAAGGUGUUUUAUGUCAACGGUCGAUACACAACACACACUUACAAUAAAGAACACCACAGAAAGUGACAGUGGAGACUAUUAUGUGCAAGUUGGAAAAUUUUCCAAAAAAAUACAACUCAAUAUUACAGAUCCUUUUCUGGAAGAACCCAUUGAUAUUCAAUGCAUAGAAGGUGAAGAUGCAAUUUUAACAUGCAAACUUCGGCCGAACAUGCCAACACUUAAAUGGUUGAGAAAUGGCAAAGAAAUAUCUCAGAUUGAAAGGUGUUUUAUGUCAACGGUCGAUACACAACACACACUUACAAUAAAGAACACCACAGAAAGUGACAGUGGAGACUAUUAUGUGCAAGUUGGAAAAUUUUCCAAAAAAAUACAACUCAAUAUUACAGAUCCUUUUCUGGAAGAACCCAUUGAUAUUCAAUGCAUAGAAGGUGAAGAUGCAAUUUUAACAUGCAAACUUCGGCCGAACAUGCCAACACUUAAAUGGUUGAGAAAUGGCAAAGAAAUAUCUCAGAUUGAAAGGUGUUUUAUGUCAACGGUCGAUACACAACACACACUUACAAUAAAGAACACCACAGAAAGUGACAGUGGAGACUAUUAUGUGCAAGUUGGAAAAUUUUCCAAAAAAAUACAACUCAAUAUUACAGAUCCUUUUCUGGAAGAACCCAUUGAUAGUCAAUGCAUAGAAGGUGAAGAUGCAAUUUUAACAUGCAAACUUCGGCCGAACAUGCCAACACUUAAAUGGUUGAGAAAUGGCAAAGAAAUAUCUCAGAUUGAAAGGUGUUUUAUGUCAACGGUCGAUACACAACACACACUUACAAUAAAGAACACCACAGAAAGUGACAGUGGAGACUAUUAUGUGCAAGUUGGAAAAUUUUCCAAAAAAAUACAACUCAAUAUUACAGAUCCUUUUCUGGAAGAACCCAUUGAUAGUCAAUGCAUAGAAGGUGAAGAUGCAAUUUUAACAUGCAAACUUCGGCCGAACAUGCCAACACUUAAAUGGUUGAGAAAUGGCAAAGAAAUAUCUCAGAUUGAAAGGUGUUUUAUGUCAACGGUCGAUACACAACACACACUUACAAUAAAGAACACCACAGAAAGUGACAGUGGAGACUAUUAUGUGCAAGUUGGAAAAUUUUCCAAAAAAAUACAACUCAAUAUUACAGAUCCUUUUCUGGAAGAACCCAUUGAUAGUCAAUGCAUAGAAGGUGAAGAUGCAAUUUUAACAUGCAAACUUCGGCCGAACAUGCCAACACUUAAAUGGUUGAGAAAUGGCAAAGAAAUAUCUCAGAUUGAAAGGUGUUUUAUGUCAACGGUCGAUACACAACACACACUUACAAUAAAGAACACCACAGAAAGUGACAGUGGAGACUAUUAUGUGCAAGUUGGAAAAUUUUCCAAAAAAAUACAACUCAAUAUUACAGAUCCUUUUCUGGAAGAACCCAUUGAUAGUCAAUGCAUAGAAGGUGAAGAUGCAAUUUUAACAUGCAAACUUCGGCCGAACAUGCCAACACUUAAAUGGUUGAGAAAUGGCAAAGAAAUAUCUCAGAUUGAAAGGUGUUUUAUGUCAACGGUCGAUACACAACACACACUUACAAUAAAGAACACCACAGAAAGUGACAGUGGAGACUAUUAUGUGCAAGUUGGAAAAUUUUCCAAAAAAAUACAACUCAAUAUUACAGAUCCUUUUCUGGAAGAACCCAUUGAUAGUCAAUGCAUAGAAGGUGAAGAUGCAAUUUUAACAUGCAAACUUCGGCCGAACAUGCCAACACUUAAAUGGUUGAGAAAUGGCAAAGAAAUAUCUCAGAUUGAAAGGUGUUUUAUGUCAACGGUCGAUACACAACACACACUUACAAUAAAGAACACCACAGAAAGUGACAGUGGAGACUAUUAUGUGCAAGUUGGAAAAUUUUCCAAAAAAAUACAACUCAAUAUUACAGAUCCUUUUCUGGAAGAACCCAUUGAUAGUCAAUGCAUAGAAGGUGAAGAUGCAAUUUUAACAUGCAAACUUCGGCCGAACAUGCCAACACUUAAAUGGUUGAGAAAUGGCAAAGAAAUAUCUCAGAUUGAAAGGUGUUUUAUGUCAACGGUCGAUACACAACACACACUUACAAUAAAGAACACCACAGAAAGUGACAGUGGAGACUAUUAUGUGCAAGUUGGAAAAUUUUCCAAAAAAAUACAACUCAAUAUUACAGAACUUCAAAUGGAGAUAAGCAAGGACGAAAGAAACACUUAUAUGGAGGCAAUAGAAUCCGGAAUAGAGAUCAGACAAUAUGUAAGAGUUCAGGUCAUUGGCAAAGAUCGUGUUGGAAAGACAAGUCUUGUGCGUAGACUACUUUAUCUAGAAGACGGCAAAUAUGAUGGAAAAAGCACGGAUGGAAUUGAAAUUAAUAGAAAAUGUCAGAUUAGAAAAUAUGAUGGAGCUUGGUUUGUUGGUGAAGUUGACACACAGAAAAAAGAAAUGAUGAGACGGAUAGGACUGGCUGUUGAUAGCAAACAAGCAAAAACAGUUACUCAUCUUGUAGAAGAUACGGAAACGACCCAAAAUAAACAGAUAAACAGAGAAAUUGCAUCUACAAAGGACAUUUUUCAGGAAACAGAAAAUAAACUGACUGACCAAGAACCGCUUCUAUCCAGACAAAAGAACAUGGAAACAGAAACGCUAAAUAUUGUACCUACAAUAUAUGAUGAUACAACAUAUGCAGGUAAUACCCCAGCUGUAACAACCAACAACGAAGAUGAAAAUGAAUUAAGCAAAUAUGACAAAAUGAUGUCACAAACACAUAUUGAUUUAAAAAAUCCAGAAUCAACUGAUAAUCAUGGCAUUACUGCUGACCAAAUAACGGACUUGAUGAUUAAAAAAAUGGAUGAAAUUAUAUCGAGUUCCAAGAUGGAUAAAGAAAAAAAGGAAUCCGGAGAUUUAGUAGAAUGUGGUAUUUGGGAUUUUGCUGGCCAAAAAGACUACUAUGCCACACACCAGACAUUCUUUACACCAUAUGCAAUAUAUCUUCUAGUUGUAGAUAUUGAAGACGAUAUUAAACCAAUCACACAUGAUGAAGAUGAUUGUACUUGCAUUGGAGAUUACGUUGACUUUUGGUUUGACAGUGUUCAUUGUUUUUGUAAAGAUCAUUCAGCAGAAAAAUUGAGUCCACCUGUUAUAAUGGUUUGUACUGGUACUGACAAGUUUGAAAAGUGCAAUGGUGUAAGGUGUAUGGUGCUACAAUGUAUGGCGUAUGGUGUAAGGGGAAUGGUGUAUGAGGAAUGGUGUGAUUGUGUAACUUGCGAUCAGGAAUGGUGUGAAUGA